AAUGUCGUGCUUUAUUCUUGAACAAAAAGGAGUGUUGCUUCCAGUUGGUUCAGGUAUUUGUCGUCAAUGUAGAUUUACAUUGUAUGAUGAGAUGAAAAACUUGGACAUUAUUGAAAAUAGGUUACCAAAACAAAGUACGGAUGUUUCAAUAGUGGAUGAUGCACACACAAAGGAAGACCAUGAAGAUAAAGAUGAAGAGGAAAUGGUUGAAAAUUCUAGUUUUCAUCCUGUUGAUGGUCAAAUGAAGUUAUAUUCAAAUGAAGAAUCAGAGGAAAUGGCUGAAAAUCCUAGUUCUUAUCUUAGUGCUGAUGGUCAAAUGAAGUUAUUUUCAGAUGAAGAAUCAGUUCCAAGUUCUCAACCAUGCUCCCAAUCCUCCUCUUGGGGUGAAGAAAAUAACAACACACUAGAGGUGUUCAAUAAGGCAGUUGCUUUACUUCACUCAGACCGUGGAAAAAUGAGCCCACUGAAGUUCAAAGUGCAUCAAAAUCUUGAAAGCCUUAAGCCCUCCACCACAAGACUAGUAAAGAGAAAGGCUACUGAAGCAGUUCAUCUAGUUCUAGAGAAUAUAGCACCAAGACAGGGAAGCAAAUUAUUGAAGCGCAUUCAGGAGCCACAGGAACAAAGCAAUGUAACUAGCAAUCUGGAGCAGCUGGUUGUUAAACUGUACUCUGAAAGUACAGACAAGAAUGUGAAAAAGCAACUACUUUCCAUGAUUGCAUUUUCCCAUACCAAAAAGCAACUUCAACAGCUCAUUCCUUCAUUAACUAUACAUGCAAUAAAUGAAGCAAGAAAACAUGCUUCAGAACAUUCUGAAGGUGCUGAUGUUCCCAAACAAAAACCAGUGUUUCACAAGAAAAUGGACAUGAUGAAGUUAGACCAUGCUCUGGAUUUCAUCUUUAAUCCAUCAUUUCAUCAGGUUUCUUCUAUUGGCACAAAAGAACUAAGGCUAGAGGAUGGAAGCAUCAUGACAAUUCCAGAAGUAAUAAGAACAGUCUGGCAUUCAACCCUCAUUAAGAUAUACCAGGCAUACUGUGAAGAAACCCAAUAUAUUCCCUUAUCUAGAUCUACACUCUACCACAUCCUUAGAGUUUGCCCAGCAUCAAAGCGGACGAAUCUAAAAGGCUUGGAUAAUGCAGCAGCAGACGGAGGGAAUGCAUAUGAUGUGCUUCUAUCAACAGUUGCAGAUGUGGAAAAGUAUGUACCAAAUGGGAUAUUGCUGCUGGAACUGAAAGAAUGUAAAGAAUCUAUUGUUACCAGUAGAAUUUACAUGAAGACAGAUUUUAAAAUGCAUGUAAAACAGACUGAUCACUGCAGUGAUCAUUGUAUAAACUAUGCUUUGAGUGAUCCACAUGAUAAACAAUUUCAACAAAGCUGUAUUGAUCAUCAACAUGAUGUUGUAUGUGAUCGCUGUCAAUUACUCCCAAAUGCAAUUUUAAGUUUAAAAGGAAUAUUGAACAACCUUGCAGAUCUUUCUCCAACUACAAAAGAGGGGAUGUUUGUGGACAUAGAUGCAGCUGAAGUAAAAAUUAUUGAAUGGAAAAGUCAUGUUGUGCGAACCAUCAAUCAAGACAAUUCAAGAACCCAGACACUGAAAGAUCUGGAGCCUGGUGAUAUCCUUCUUGUUAUGGACUGGGCCAUGAAAUACUUGCCUGUAUCAUUCAGAGAGAAACAGAGCGAUUGGUACGGCCAAAAGGGUAUUAAUUGGCAUGUGUCUGUCUGCAUUUACAGAGAUGAAGACUCAAAUUUAAAGCACAGAACAUAUGCACAUAUGAUGGAUGGAGUGAGGCAAGACUGGAUGGCUGUUGCAUGCCUUUUGGAAGACACUAUCCGUCACGUCAAAAUGCAACAUCCUAGCACAGCAAGGGCAUUUCUCAGAAGCGAUAACGCAGGAUGUUAUCAUUGCGGCAAUUUAUGGCUUGCAAUUCCAGGCAUCAGUAGGCGUACUGGGUGUUUUCAUAGCUGGAUACGACUACAGUGA